AUGCGAAUACGCAUCCGCUCACAUCCCCCAUUACCACCACUCAAAGCCUGGUUUCAACUUCCAAAACACGAGGAUACAAUAUUUGCCAUCAAACGCCUGCUAUGCUCCCAACUCCUUGAGCCUCACUGCCAUCCCGCCCAGUUGCGGCUCGAAAUGGAGGACUUUGAACUGUUGGAUAACACUCUCAUCUCUGUCCUUAGAGACGGGGAUCUUGUUGACCUGAAAUACGAGCAGAGGCUCUCUGGAGCAAAGAGAAAGCGGGAAACAGAGGAAGAACACACGUCUCGGAAGCUAGCCGAUUCUGACUCGAGCACUUCGAGCUCUACGUCGUCUUCAGAUACUUCAUCUUCGAGCGACUCGGAUGACACUACUUCAGACUCGACCGAAAGUGAAUCGACUCAUGGUGAAACGAAAAGUGGCACUAUCAACCAAGCUCUCAAACAGACAAAACCUUUGAUCCAUCCACUCAUCGGCUACACAAACAGGUCCUUCAAGGGUACAGAAAAGCCCAACCAUGUGCCACCGGGGUCCGGCAAAACGUCCACUCGACAACGCAAUCUACGUCGACGCAAGAAACGGCUGGCAAUGAAAGAAGCAGAAGCAGUACCUCCUCUGUCUGCAACAGAGCGAACAUAUUCUCCAUCGAGUGUUCAGAUGCCAUCAGUCGUGAAUCGACUCGAUGCAGACCUUUCGAGCUCGAUGAUGCACGCCACCUCGAACGCCAACAAGCGCAAGGGCUUUAAAGAGAGCAUGAAGGGCGUCUCAGCGAAUCACAAAACAUUUGGAGCGGAUAGUUCGUUUCCUUCUUUUACCAGCACUCGUCGUCGCCUCGUCCCGCCCAGCGAACGUAGAGACAUUCCGAACAACAUUAUCGUUACCAGCGUCGACGUCGAGGCGAAUUGGCAAAUGGAUUCAAGCCAUUCUACCAAAAACACUAUCGAACCGCUGGAGCAGGACGAGGACAAUUUUGUUUCCACCCAAAGGCAAGAUUUGCCAAGGCUCGACUGGGAUGCUGUCGAACGAAAAUGGGAGAGUUAUUCCUUUGUUAAAGACUCGGAAAUACGAUCAAUCGGCAUCAUAGUCCUAUGGAAGGAUCUUGUUCUCAACCCAGAGACUUUCUCGCCGGAGAUAGCUAUAUGCGCAGCACAGGUUAUGGAGGCCGGCGAGAGCAUCAGAUUGCGACCGAUUCCACGGUUCCCCACGGAUGAAGAAGGUGAUGAGAGUAUUCUAACCGUGAAGGAGAUGGGAGAAUAUAGAAUAUACUCGUAG